GGAAUCUCACAGACAGCUGCUUCACCCAUUCUUGGAUUGCCAUCAUUUUGCCCAGCAGAGAACCCCAAGUCCAAUGGGAUCUGCCACACGCAUAGGGAUCACAAUGCUUUGGGAUCGCCUUGUGGUUGUUAGAGCAAUGCCGGGGGUGCGGGGGUGCUUGGUGUUGCUGAAAGCCCCCAAGAGCCAAAUGCCUGACAGCCUGAAACACCAAAUCUGAAGCCACCUCUGCCAAUUCAGGCAGACUCCUAACUUGGCAGCGGCAUGGGCAAUACAUUGACAGAGACGCAAAGGAGAUUGGCAUUACAAUAGCCUCUUCCAGGAAAAAUGGCUUCCUGGUCAGGGAGUCUAGGUGGAAGAUGCUGUCCCAAGAAUCCAGCUUGCCUGGUCCAGCCAGAUCUUGUCAGUGCAAGACAAGUCAGCAACCUCCUCCAUGUCCUCAACAGCUGCUGUUCGACCAUGCACAGGACUGGCAUUUAACAGCAGUACUUCAAUGCUCACGGGGCUGGCUUUUGACAACUAGGACUGCUGCUGUUUCCAGUGGACAACCUUCCAAUCCAGGCAGGUCUGGUGAAACUGUGAUGGCUUCACCCAAAACCUUUUGGAGAGUUCUUUGCAUGCUUAGAGUUGGCUGGUGUCUUCUUCCUCAGACUGGCUACCUGCACCCAGAUGAGUUUUUCCAGUCUCCAGAGGUCAUGGCAGGCAGCAUAUUGGACUUAAAGGUUUAUCACCCCUGGGAAUUCCUCCCCAAGUCUCCUUGCAGGACUGUAGUGUUUCCCUUGAUCACAUCUGGAGCUGCUUUCUGGGCCAUCAAAGCCCUUCAGCACCUGGGCCUCUCGACCAGCUGCAUCACCAGCUACACCCUCCUCGUCUCACCCCGCCUUCUCCUCACCAUCUUUUCAUUCAUCCUUGACUACAGUGUUUACCAGCUGGCUCCUCUGUGGGGAGCGGAUCCGUGGAACUCUCUGGCUCUGCUUGCUGGCUCCUACGUCACACUUGUGUUUUACACGAGGACUUUUGCUAACACUGUGGAAGGACUUCUCUUUGCCUUGCUGCUUCUACUAGUGUCUUCAAAAGCAGCCAGCAAAACCUCGGCCUCAGCCUAUCGGUGGCAGAAUCCUCUAAAUCACAGACUUAUUGGGAUGAUCAUAGUUGCUGGAUUUUUUAACAGGCCAACGUUUCUGGCAUUUGCUUUGGUGCCGCUGUUGCAUUGGGUAUGUGCAGGUGCUACAUGCCAGCAAAGCGUUAGAAGAACAAUACACCAUGUUCUUUGUCUUGCCCCAAGUGCCGCCUUCACUGCUGUUUUCUUCAUAGCUGCUGACACCUGGUAUUUCACUUCUCCCCUGUCAGGACUUAGCCUGCAUAGCUUUUAUGAGGCCAGCCCACUGAGCAUCCUUGCCAGGCUGCGCCAGAGUGUCGUUGUGACCCCCUUGAACUUCCUCACCUAUAACCUCAACCCUGAUAACCUUGCACAACACGGGACUCACCCACAUCUUACACAUUUUGCAGUUAACGGGGUCCUGCUUUUUGGGAUCCUUCAUGUAGAAGCUGUUAGCAAUGGCAUCAAGCUCCUGAAAGUGCACGUCAGCCAAUUUAUGUGGUUGAAGGCCUUGAAGAGGAGCUCACAUUCAGCCAUCACAUGCCCAGAAGGCAGGCUGGCACUGCUGGCUUUCUAUUUUAUCCCUCUGGCACUUCUUUCUUUAUUCAGCCAUCAAGAACCUCGCUUCCUCAUCCCUCUCAUCUUGCCUCUGGUCCUUUUGGUCACGCAGCAUAGACAGGCCCAGCAGUGGAAAUCCAUCAACCUUGUGUUCAAUCUCUGUGGUGCCCUUUUCUUUGGCUGCUUCCACCAGGGAGGCAUAGUCCCUUGCCUCUUCCACUUGGAGCAGCUCACCCAUUCCCCAGAGUCCCUGAGCCAUCGCACACACUACACACUACUCUUUGCUCGGACCUACAUGCCUCCCAGGUUUCUGCUUAAUGUUAACAAGAGCAACACGCUGGUGGAGCUUGUCGACAUGGCUGGGGCCGAGAAAGGCUUCCUUUGCCAGAUCCUGGGAUCCAUAGUGAAUGGUCCUGCCUGUGUCAAUAGAGAACUGGGCAAGGAAAUGACUUGCCAGGUGCUGGUUAUCAUCCCAGGCACCGUCAGAACCAUAAUAGAGCAAUGUCCGUUACUGGUCAAGAAGGAGACAGUAAUAUUUCCACAUCUGACGAUGGAAGACCCACCACAAAUGUCCUUUCUCCUUAGUGAAAAGUGGAGAAGCCAGUUAGGACUGCAUAUCCUGUAUCUGGAGAGAAAUAAAAAGAGCAUCUAGCAUCAAGGUGAGCUAAGCAAAGAAGCUAAAGAACAUUUGGCGCACAAACAUGCAGUCCACAACAACCCUAGUUAUUCUCAGCCCUAUAUAGACCAGGUGCAUUUUGUAGCUCCCAUUUGCUGGUAGAAAUCUCCCAAUACACCUCACCCACCAAACACUGUGUCACAGUCCUGUGUCCCCCCAAGCAACCCAUUUCCUUUCUUCAACUUCCAAGUGCCCCAAAUGCCAUCCAUCCCAGUUCCUGCUUCUCAGUUUCCAACAUCUUCUGUUCUGUUCCAGCCAAAAAUAUAGCCAUCUUGUCUCAUAGCUGUGUGUCCUAGGGCCUCCGUCUGCCUCUGCCUUCUAGGGACCCCAAUACGCCACUGACCACAGGCACUUUGGCUAUAUGUGUGACUUUUCUCUGAAAUGCUACCAGGUCCAUGUACAGGGCCAGCUAGAAAGACACAUCUGUGGAGCUUCAAUGCGUGGAUGAGACAUGGGUGUGGAGAGGAAAAGUCUGGAUUAACUCUAGGCACCAGGGAACAUUUUGGGACAAGCGGGAUGGGCUUCACUUGAACCAGUGUGGAACCAGACUGUUGGCACUUAAAAGGUGGCAGAGCAAUUUUUUGCAGGGAAAGCCAAAAGAAACUAAGGAGGAUCUGGUUCGGAACAUAUCUCCCCCUCUCCUGUAAUAAGGAUGAAGGCGAGAAAAGAUCCAUGAUGAUUUAAAUAGGGGAGGGCUAGAAUGAGGCAUUUAGAGUGCAGGGACACUGAUAGCAAUUCAGAGAGGCCAAAGCUUCUUGGGCUAAAAUGCUCGCGCCCAAGACAUUUGGAGACGGACGUGGAAAUAUGUGUUUAUAUGCUAAUGUGAGAAACCUCCAAGCCAAGAUGGGCCAGCUGACAUGUUUACAGACACCCUGGUGGAAACAGCCUGGUGUAAUGGCGAGAACCAGCUAGACCUGGUGGACUGCUCUAGAAUUGGCAUGGAGACAAAAACUGCUACCAAGAUGAGCAGCAGCAUCCACCAACACACACUCUGUUUCUGGGCAUGAUUCAAGAAACUGAUUUUGUUUGGGGCUUUAAAAGUCUGAGGUGUAUCAGAGGAUCUUGAAGGGCUGCCUACCCCUCUAGGAAGCUGCCAGUUCACUGAUAUCACCUUCAGAAACUCUGUUGCCACUUGAACCCGAUACCUCUACCAGAGCCAAUUGAGUGGGUGGCACCCGGGGACAAGGCCUUUCCUGGAGAGAAACCAGACUGUGGGACACUCUCGUCAGGAAUAUUUGCCUGGCACCUGUUCUUCUGACCUGAGUUUCAUGAGCACCAUCAUUUUCAAAAGCACCUCAAUCUGUCAUUAUUGUUGUUUGCUUGUUUCUUUUUAAGAAAUUGUUUUAUAGUGUUGUUUAUAAAAAUGUGUUCUAAAAUGGA